GGAUUAGUUGAGUUCAAGAAUGAAGUAGCACUUAUAGCCAAACUUCAACAUCGAAAUCUUGUGAAGCUUUUAGGAUGCUGCAUUCAAGGGGAGGAGAAAUUGUUAAUUUACGAAUACAUGCCUAAUAAAAGUUUGGACUACUUCAUUUUUGGUUCGACUUCCUGUGAGACCUUUUUAAUUAACUUAGUAGGACUAGCAUAAAUUCUUCACAAGUUGGUUGCAUCUUUCAGUGCAACUCUUUUUCAAAAGCUAUUGUUGAACACUUCAUUAAUAUGAAGAAGAUAUUACAUGACAGAUGAUACAAGAAGGAAUCUAUUAGACUGGUCAAGGCGUUUUCACAUUAUUUGUGGAAUUACUAGAGGGCUUCUUUAUCUACAUCAAGAUUCUAGAUUGAGGAUCAUCCAUAGAGAUAUCAAAGCUAGCAAUGUUUUGCUUGAUAAUGAAAUGAAUCCCAAAAUUUCAGACUUUGGCUUGGCUAGAACAUUUGGAGAACAAUCAGACGAAAAAACAAAUAGAGUGGUUGGAACCUACGGUUAUAUGGCACCAGAAUAUGCCAUUAAUGGACAAUUCUCAGUAAAAUCCGAUGUAUUCAGCUUUGGCAUAUUGCUGCUUGAGAUAAUAAGUGGGAAGAAGAAUAGAGGGUUUUACCAUCUUAGCCAUAAUGUUAACCUUAUUGGACAUGCAUGGAUAUUGUGGAAAGAAGGACGUCCUUUAGAACUGAUUGAUUCAUUUGUGAAAGAAUCUUGCACCCUAUCCGAAGUAUUAAGAUGUAUCCACAUUGGUCUUUUAUGUGUUCAACAACAUUACAAAGACAGGCCGAGUAUGUCAUCUGUGGUUUUGAUGCUGGGUAGUGAGACUGAAUUGGUACAACCCAAAGAACCUGGUUUUCUUUUUGACAAGAAAUCCCCUGAACUUGAAUCAAGUUCAACAAAUGGGCUUAGUCUCUCAGUGUUAGAGCCUCGAUAAAAAUUACCUGAACGCUGCAUGCCUCUUGCUAUAAUUAUGCUAUUUAAUGUUAAUCACAAAUGCUUGCUGAAGAAAAGCAAAGAAAGGUUGAAAGAAUACUGAACUUGUAUUCACAGUAGUCAUUGGUGUACAAGAAAUGUAUUUAUAUUUACAAAAAAGUUGAUUGAGAUGU